AUGGCUAAUGGGAAGCCCUUCAAUCAUGAACUUUCUAAACUUUUCAAUGAGAUGUGGGACAUGGAUGUUAACCGCCUUAUGCCUGGGAAGGACUACACAAUUGAUUUGCAGGGAAAAGCAGGUGCCGCACAGCAAGGUGACAGUGCUGUCCAGGACAGCGCAGCCAGACAUCUGUUUCACAAUGUAAAUGAAGAACGCCUGAAGAGCAUAAAAACUUUUGCAACCUUUAUUUCCUUAUUGGACAACUAUGAGACAUCAACCGGUGUAGCAGAAGUAGUGACUCCAGAAGAAAUAGUUGAAAAUAAUUGUUUUCUUGAUGCAAUCUUAGCGACAGAAGUCAUGAAACUAGCUCAUGAAUAUCUGCUUAAAAAAAACUUAGCAAAGCCAAACCUUGCCGAUUUCAAACAUCAACUGUAUGACAUCUGGUUCGAGCUCUACGCCAGGAAAGAAGGAGACAGACCUGAUUCUUGCGGUUUUGAACAUGUUUUUGUUGGAGAAACGAGGCGUGGAAAACAGAUCUUAGGUUUGCACAACUGGGUGCAAUUUUACCUUCAGGAAAAGCUCAACCAAAUUGACUACAAGGGAUAUGUCGCUCGGAAGAACAAAACCAGGCCUGACAAGGAUGACCAAGUUUUGAGCAUCCAGUUCAGCUGGAAGGGCUCAAUCAAGCCAAUUGGAAGCACCUUUAUUGGUGUCAGCCCGGAAUUUGAAUUUGCCCUUUACACCAUCAUUUUCCUGCUGGCUGAAGAAAGAGUCACACGUGAAACAGUGAAGAUAGAGGAAUAUGAGCUACAGCUGGUUGUUUGCCGCCAUGGGCACCAUAUUGGAACAGCAUAUCCAGUACUUCUCAGCAACAGUAACGAAGACUAG